ACGUGCUGUAGCACGCUAACCACAGGCUCUACGUUUCUUCACUGAGCACACCCAAGAAUCCAGUGGAAGUGUCUUCUACGCCACUCCCCUGCACUCGCAUGCACCCUCACGGCCGACACUCACACACUCUCGCCACUACCGGGUCGCGGGGUGGAGAAGGCUGCAUCUCCUGUGAAGGCUCUCUCGCUCCCUCCUGCUGUGCUGAAAGCAGAUUUGUGUGUUUGUUUGUGUGUGUGAGUGUGAGUGUGUGUCUGUGUGCUGAUUGAUGUGUGAGCAAUGGCGGAGCUGGAGGCCUUGGAGUUUGGGAAGUCCGACUUUGUUCUGUUGGACGAAGUCAACAUGGAGCAGUUCAUGGAGAACCUCAAGCUGAGGUUCGAAAUGGGUCGGAUCUACACGUUCAUCGGGGAGGUGGUGGUCUCCGUCAACCCCUACCGGGAGAUGGACAUCUACGGCAAAGAGGCCAUCAGCGCGUACCGCGGGCGUGAGCUGUACGAGAACCCGCCGCACCUCUACGCAGUGGCGGACGCCGCCUACAAGGCCAUGAAGAGGCGGGCCAAGGACACCUGCAUUGUCAUCUCAGGAGAGAGUGGCGCCGGGAAGACGGAGGCCAGCAAGUACAUCAUGCAGUACAUCGCGGCCAUCACCAACCCCAGCCAGAGGGAGGAGGUGGAGAGUGUGAAGAACGUGCUGCUGAAAUCCAACUGCGUGCUGGAGGCCUUCGGCAACGCCAAGACCAACCGCAACGACAACUCCAGCCGCUUCGGCAAGUACAUGGACAUCAACUUCAGCUUCAGCGGAGAUCCCACCGGCGGCCACAUCAACAACUACCUCCUGGAGAAGUCUAGGGUGGUUCACCAGCAGCAGGGAGAGAGGAACUUCCACUCCUUCUAUCAGUUGUUGCGUGGGAGUCCCCAAACCCUGCUGGAGAGCUAUCACCUUCAGGGCGACCCCGCCGUCUACGCCUACACUAAGGAGGGGGCGGGAUCCUCUGCCAACAGCGACCAGUCGAGCCACCGAGCCGUGAGAACGGCUCUCAAGGUCAUCGGCUUCUCAGAGGACGAGAUCGAGUCCAUCUACAGAGUCCUGGCCACCAUACUACUACUGGGUAACAUCCAGUUCGGGACGGAGGAGGAGAUAGUCCAGGUGGAGGGCGACGGCGAGGUGGUGAGCCACAUCGCUGAGCUGACCUCCACCCAGCCCCAGCAGGUGGAGAAGGCCCUGCUGUUCCGCACGGUGGCCACCGGGGGCGGCGACGUCAUCGAGAAGGGACACUCGGAGCAGGAGGCCUGCUUCGGCAGGGAGGCCUUCUCCAAGGCUCUCUAUGAGCGGCUGUUCGGCUGGAUCGUAGGCCGUAUCAACAGUGUGAUCGAGGUGAAAGACUACAACCCAAUGCUUCAUGGGAAAAACACCGUGAUUGGCGUUCUGGACAUCUAUGGCUUCGAGAUCUUCGACAACAACAGUUUUGAGCAGUUCUGUAUCAACUACUGCAAUGAGAAGCUGCAGCAGCUGUUCAUAGAGCUGAUCCUUCGUCAGGAGCAGGAGGAGUACGAGAGGGAGGGCGUGGCCUGGCAGCAUAUCGAGUACUUCAACAACCAGAUCAUCGUGGACCUGGUGGAGCAGAACCACAAGGGCAUCCUGUCCAUGCUGGACGAGGCCUGCCUCAGUGGGGGGCGCGUCACCGACACCGUGUGCCUGGACAGCAUGAGCUCCAGGCUGGCUCAGCACCCCCACUACACCGACCGCAAGCUGACCCCAGCCGACAAGACCAUGGAGUUCCAGAAGCACUUCCGGAUCCGCCAUUACGCCGGAGACGUCACGUAUUCGGUGGAGGGAUUCUUGGACAAGAACAAAGACCUGCUCUUCCAGGACUUCAAGCGUCUGAUGUUCAACAGCACCAACCCCGUGCUGAAGGACAUGUGGCCUGACGGCGGCCUGAGCAUCACUGAGGUCACCAAGCGGCCCCAGACGGCCGCAAGCCUCUUCAAGAACUCCAUCGUGGCGCUGGUGGACAAACUCAGCUGCAAGGAGCCGUACUACGUGCGCUGCGUGAAGCCCAACGAGAUGAAGUCCCCGGUGCUGUUCGACGCGGCGCGCUGCCAGCACCAGGUGGCGUACCUGGGGCUGCUGGAGAACGUCAGGGUGCGCCGGGCCGGCUUCGCCUACCGGCAGGGAUACAGCCGCUUCCUGCUCAGGUACAAGAUGACCUGUGAGUACACCUGGCCCAACCACCUGAUGGCCACGGACCGGGAGGCAGUGGAGGCCAUCGUCACGCAGCACGGUUUCCAGGACGACGUGGCGUACGGCCACACCAAGCUGUUUGUGCGCUCACCCCGCUCGCUCUUCAGCCUGGAGCAGGAGCGGGCCGCUCUGAUCCCCAUCUUGGUCCUCUUCCUCCAGAAGGUGUGGCGCGGGGCGCUAGCGAGGAAGCGUUGCCGCCAGCUCCGGGCCGUCUACGCCAUCAUGGGUUGCUACCGGAAACACAAGCUCAAGGCCCACUUCCUGGAGGUGGAGCGCCGUCUGGCCAACGCCCGCAACAUGGCCGACUACGGCCGCGGCGUGGAGUGGCCCCUCCCCCCCGCCGCCCUCGCCCAGUUCCAUGACAUCACAGUCACGCUGCACCGCAGGUGGUGGGCCCACCAGGUGGUGAAGCGGAUCCCCCCCUCGGAGGUGUCCGAGGUGCGGGCCAAGGUGGCGGCGUUGGGGGCCCUCGACGGGGCCCGCAAGGCCUGGGGGGUCGGCCGGCCCUGGGAGCGUGACUACCUCGCCAACGCCAGGGACUGUCCCGAGACCAGCAGCAGCUUCCUCCGGGUCUCCAAGGAGCUGAAGACCAGGGACCAGUUCGGUCUGGUCCUCUUCUCCGGGCUCUGUAGGAAGGUGAACCGGUUCAACAAGAGUACGGACCGGGCCGUGCUCAUCACAGACAAGCACCUGUACAAGCUGGAGCCCCGGAAGCAGUACAAGGUCCUGAAGAGAACCCCCCUGGACCAGCUGACGGGCGUGAGUCUGACGGGCGGCGCCGACCAGACGGUGGCGCUCCACACGACGUCCCAGGACGACUUCCUGCUGUACCUGCAGGGGGGGGCGCUGUGGCCGGGCCAGGACCGGGCGGGCGAGCUGGUGGGCAGCCUGGCCGACCACUUCACACGGUAGGGGGCGCCACACACACACACACACGACGGGGAGAACCACGAUGUUCCCGAUCGAUUUUUUACGUUAAUACUUAACGCUAAUGCACGCACACGAUCGGGUUUUACAUGAAUGCAGGCGAACAACCAGGCGGUUUUGCACUUUAUUUUACGUCAAUGUUUAUUCUAUGCGAUUCUACGCUAGAUUUUAGGUUAAUUCCUACGGCAGGCAAACCAGGCGAUUGUACGGUAGAUUUAACUUUAAUUCGUACGAUUUGAUGCUCGAAUUUACGCGCAUACAUAAAAUAGUUCUGCGCUUGAUUUUACAUUUCUAACCUCGAUUUUACUAUAAUACCUUUAAUACGGCAAACCAGACGAUUCCAUGCCAGUUUCUUAGGUUAUUACAGGCAUAAAGUGGGAUGAUCCUUCGCACGAUUUUACAUGAAUGCAGGCGUAAACCCAGGCUGUUCUGCCCUCGAUUACACAGUACGUUAAUGCCAAAUUAAUGGCAAAUCAAGCAAUUCUAGACUUGAUUUUACACUAAUACUUACAUCAAACAAGACGAUUCUGUGCAUGAAUUUACGUCAUAACGUACCGAAAACAAGAUGAUUAUAUGCUUGAAUGUAAACACGACUCUACGUUAGUACUUAGCUAAAAUCCAACAUUUCUAUGCUGGAUUCUAUGAAGUCUGUAGCAUGUGGAAUGUCAAACCAAGUAGAAAUAAAAAAAAUAAAAAAUCUCUAUGGCAAAAUCUUGUCCCUCUUGAUAAAACUGUACAUUUCUAUUUAAGUAAAAUAAGUAUAAUUAUAUCCUGUAAGUAUUAAUUAAGCAACAUUACAACCCGGAAAAAAUCGGAUAAAUAUCAACAACAACAAACUCGUUCCUAACUACAUGUCCCCCCUACGUCCGAGGGAUCGGUAACCAUGGCGAUGACUCACCCCUCCUCCGUCUGG